AUGGCUGCGCUCUCGUUCCCAAUCCUCGUAUCCAUGCUGCUUCAUGUCAGCGUUACCGUAUCGUCCAGCGUAUGGGCACCUGCUGCCCGCAGCCUGGCCGGAGAUGGCCAAACUGCCGCGUCAGGCCUGUCCUGCCAGGCGUUUGAAAACCUGCUGCGGUACGCCGACAGGCAGAACACUCUGGAGGGUGACAUGGACGCACUGAAAACGAGAACCGACACUCUGGAACAGACCUGCUGCGGUGGAGAAACCACGCAUUUCUCCUACGCCAGCCUACAGUCCAUGAUGGAGGAACAGGACAGCACUAUACAGCGACAGCAGACCACCAUACAGCAGCAGGCUGCCACUAUUCAACUGAUGCAAACACAGCUGAACCAACUAGCAGAUAAGCUGAACGGUGCCCGUGACUGUAUGGAACUAUUGGCGACUGGGCACGAUACCAGCGGUGUGUACACCAUCUACCCUGAUGGAGGAGGGAAAAGUCCUGUUCACGUCUACUGUGACAUGGACACUGACGGGGGUGGAUGGACGCUGUUCCAGAAACGUGAAAACGGACUGAUCAACUUCUACCAAGACUGGCAGGGAUACAAGACAGGGUUUGGUGACCUCAGGGGAGAGUUCUGGCUAGGUAAUGACAACCUUCACCGAAUCACGGACCAGGGUGUGUACGAGCUGAGGGUGGAAAUGGAAGACUUUGAAGGCAACUCGGCCCAUGCCAACUACAGCAUCUUCCAUGUGGAGGACGAAGUUCACAAAUACAAGCUUACCGUAGAAGGCUAUUCAGGAACUGCAGGAGAUGCCAUGGCUCACCACAAUGGGAUGUACUUCAGCACCAGGGACAGGGACAACGACAUCCACAGUUCCGACUGUGCUGGCCGGUUCAAAGGCGCCUGGUGGUACGGCGCCUGCCAUCACGCUAACCUGAACGGCCAGUACCUGAUCGGGGCUCACGAUUCCUUCGCUGACGGCAUCAACUGGUACCCGUGGAAGGGACACAACUACUCACUCAAGACUACUGUGAUGAAAAUAAGGCCGAACUAG